GCAGAAAUAAAUGGUUUGAUAUCGUUGCACUCUUCUGAAUGAGUUCUCUAAAAAGUGAGACUUUACAUUUUUAAUCGAAAUAAUUUUUAUAUAAACGAUAAUAACGGUGUUUAAUUUGUUCAUCUAUUCACAAUGACAAAUAAUCUGGCGAGGAAGCACAAGAGUUCUCUAACCUUGGUGAAGAAUCCACCGACAACGAAUGACUGUGGCAGUUCAAGUGAGGUUGAACAAGAUUCAAGAAAUUUUCAUUUAAGUUUAUUUCUGUCAAUCUCUUGUUUAAUGUUCCUGUUGUAUUGGAUUGUGCUGUGUCCAUUGCUUUGGGCCUGUCUGCAGAAUGGUUUAGCUCCCCGGAGUUGGCCAAGAUUUUGGCCCUUCGCAUUCUGGUUCGUAGCACUAUUAGUUUGGUUGUUAAUCAUGUCAUUGUUCGUUGCAUUAUGGAAAUAUCUGAUAAGGCGUAAACAAUCACGUGAACUGGAGAUUGAUAAAAGAAUACCGCAAGAUUGGACACCACUGCUCAGUCACAAGUCUAUGUCGAAGAAAGAAAAUUUGCAGAGCAAAGAGAAACUUACUGGUCAAACUGAAUCGACAAAUGAUGAAGAAAUCAGAAAAAAGACAUCGAUGGAAACAGAAUUAAACGAAGGCUGCGAAAAGGAUGACUUACAACUUGUGAGGAUAGCUACACCUUGUUCCUCUGAGGCUGCUUCGGAAGAAUCUGAAAAUACGAAAAUGCUCUCCGAAGACCCUGAGCAGGAAAGAAUGUCUCCGGUAACUCCUUUGUCUCCAAGACAAUUAUUCUUCAUCAAUUUUCUAAGGCAGGCUGAAGUGACUGGUAAGAGCAAAAAAGUCAAAGACUUACCGAUGAGCUCUAAAUCUGUCAUCGAGUCCUCAACUGAUGAGGUGACAAAUACUGCAAAAGAAAGACAAUUCAAAGAAGAAGGAGACAAAUCUAAAGAUACUGUGGAAAUUAAUGAAUCCUGCAUCGAUAAACCUGUGACCUUCUUUGACGAAGAGAUCGGAAGCUUUCAAUUGCACAAAGAAGAAUUUGUAACUGAUAAGGAUCCUGAUUCGAAGUCUUCAAAUAAAUCAGAAAAUCAGCAAAAAGAAGUCUGCGAAGCCAAGGCACCUAAUCUAGAGAGAUCAAAAGUCAAAUCUCAAUACUUUAUCGCAGAUGUAGAACCUCUUGCGAAUAAAAAGACAGAAGUCUUUCUGAGAAUCGAACCUGAUUCAGGAAUUGCAAAAUUAGAAGGUGCUUAUGUGAUAAAUGUGUCUAAAGAAGAUUCUAACUCUCAUGAACACGACCGAGAAAACCAAGAGUCAUUCAGUGAAUAAUUCUCUAAUAAAAUCUGUAAAGUUAAAUCAUUAAAUUAGUAAUUUAAAUAUAGUGAUCCUAUGUUUACUUUAAUAUUCCCAUUAUCUUCUUAAAGAAGAGACUAUUUUCAUUUGCGUUACAUGCGGGUGAACUAUUCUCAAUUAUUC